CCGAGCUGAUUGAUCCGCUCUCAUCUGCAGCAACGUGCUUUGCUCCUCGCGGCCACAAGUCACAAAUCACACAGCAAGCGCUCGCCCUGCAGUGCUCUUCAGCUGAGCAUCCGCAGGACCAGCAGCAGCUUCAUUGGUGUGAGACACUUCGAUAUCCCCGGACGAGAUGGCAGCUCAGCGCGAUCCCAUCUUCCUCGAGCGGUUCUUGCGGCUCUCGUUGCCCGAGAUGCCCAAGCAUCCCUUUCCAGCCGACUAUCAAGCGCCCUACCAAGUAGCUCCUCCGCUCAAGACGACGUCCAAGGUGCACCUCGUGCCCUGGCGAUCACCCAGCAAUGCAGGCGAAGCCUCUUCGCUCAGUUUCAAAGAGGCUAUCGAAGCCGAGCUAAGCAGUUUGGACGACGCUGCCAAGUUCCAGCACGUGCUGCCUCCAGCCGCAUUUAGAAAGGGCGACUUGCCCGAAGUCACGCUGCUGCACACUGUACACCUUUGGUGCAUCGUACAAGUCUGGCAGCCUUUUCUCAGAGUGCUCAAUUUGGAGGACGAGGUGGCGCUUGGCGGCUUUGACAGCACGACGAGCAAGCAAAAAGGUGCCCUGCACAUCGGCGACCAUCUACCAGUACACGCCUCUUCGGGCGUUGCCAUUCCUCGACAGCUCGUGUUCCGCUCGUCUCAAGCGGGCAACAUUCUCGCCCCCGUCUGCAUUCAUCCUCCCUGGAACGUCACCUUGUCAAACUUGGCGCAAGAUCAGGAAGUGCAAGUCGACGAUCAGACCUCCUCCAACGAACCUCACGUCAAGGCUCUGAGAGACGCCAUCGCCUUCAUGCAAGCUGCCGACGCUCAACACGCUGUGGUGUCCACCUAUGACGAAUUCGUCUUUCUCAAGUCGGUCGAGGGCGGCAAGGUGCAGGUGUCCCCAGUGAUCAAGGCAAGCGAUACGGACCUGACCGUGUACAUGGCACUGUGGUAUUGGUGUAGAGACGUUGCCCGGCAGUCGUGAUGACGGAAUGCAUGCGUAGAUGGACAAGUCGCGUCAGCAACCGCACGCUGGUCAUUCUACUCAAGUCUACGCAUCACACGAGCAGAGGGGCUAACUAAGAUCGAUGGAAUAUUGGGCUAAGUGUACAUGUGUAGGACUGCGCUACGGGAGAACGAGUGUGCAGAAUGCACGAUGCAUGGGGUUGAAUUGAGCAUGAUGCUGAUCGAGCUGGCGAGAGUG